CCAAAAAGUAAACAGACUUGUUUUGAUCUGUCAAGAAAUCAUUCGACAGUGCCAGUCCUUUCACAGAAAAAGUAGUCCGUGUCAUUGUGAGCAAACUGUCAAAGUAAAUCGGUUUGUUCGAGACGAACACAAAGGUGUCCCCGCGCGGUCAUUUUGUUCCCGUUACGUGUCUUAUGGCUGUUUUUAAAGCGCGUUACGUUAGCUAGCAGGCUAACCAGCCAUCAGCUGGCUAGCGUGUUCUCCACCGUGUAGACGAAGUUAACAUUAGCCGACGGCGUCGUGGCGGCCAGCAGCAGGUCGACGGAAGGGCGUGUGCGUGUAACGAUCCACUUUCAUGUCUCUUCCAUCGCUGCGUGGAUUAAGUGAUGGCGUAAAUCGCGUGUUUAACGCGUUACAGAUCAGGACCGUCACGCUGACGAGCGGUGACAUCUCGAGCAAACCCUCACUAACCGGGGCACGGUAUAACCACCGAUUUUAAGCCGCUGGUCGCCACUCGUUUCUCCACACGACGACAACACUUGUGGCUUCACGUUAAAUGUACAACAGCUAUAUGUUGAGAAAUAGUUAGAAUGGUGUUGGCGCGAGACAGCCGAUGAAGCCCGAACACCAACACUCUUUCAUGGCCGAGGAAGGAAAGCUGAGUCCAACGGGAGGCCGGCCCGGCUCUUCGGGCCGCCCAAGCCGGCAGACCUUCAAAAGUUCAGCCCAUUUCCGCAGCCUGCUGGACGGCCUGCUGGUCCUCAGACAAAGUGGCAUCCUGUUUGACGUGGUGCUGCUGGUGGAGGGCCGACCCAUCCAAGCCCACCGCAUACUCCUGGCAGCCUCUUGCGAUUAUUUUAGGGGAAUGUUUGCUGGAGGCCUUCGCGAGACGCAGCAAAUGGAGAUCCCAAUUCAUGGAGUGUCUUACAUGGCCAUGAAAAAAAUCCUUGACUACAUUUACACGUCAGAGAUUGAGUUAGACCUGGAGUGUGUGCAGGAAGUCCUGAUAGCUGCCACACUAGUCCAGCUUGAGAUUGUCAUCAGCUUUUGCUGUGAUUUCCUUUUCUCCUGGCUGGACGAGAGCAACAUCUUAGAGGUCCAUAAUCUAGCGGAUCUCUACGGACUGCAACAACUCAAUGCCAGGGUCCACUCCUACAUCCUCAGGAACAUCCAGACUUUGUCUCGCACCGAUGUGUACCGACAACUCCCCCAGGACGAAGUGUUCAGCGCACUGAGCAGUGAAGAGCUUCAAGUGAACAGUGAGAACGAGGUGUACGAGGCGGCUCUUCACUACCACUACAGUCCUGAGCAGGUGGAAACUGACCAGGUGCACUUGCAGGUCAGUCCCAAGGACAAUCUCAAGAUGCUUGAUGCUGUGCGUUUCUGCCUGAUUGAGAAACAAGUGUUGCAGAGGCUGUAUGGCCGACUGAACCAGUGUCCACUGAAGGACUCUGUGUUAGCCGCCCUGCGGUACCAUGAGCAGGAGAUCCUGCAGCCCGUCCUGCAAAGUCCUCUCACUCAGCCACGGUCCACCUUCCACUACAUUUUGGGCUUUGGGGGGAUGUUUACCUCCGGAUCCCUCACAGACAACGGGCAUCUGUUUCAGGUGUUCCACCCGAGCUGGGGGGAGUGGAGGACUCUCACUGCAUAUCACACCCCCCGAAUGUCCAACCAGGGCAUCGCUGUGCUCAACAACUUUGUUUAUCUCAUUGGAGGAGACAAGAACACCAGUGGGUUUCGUGCAGAGACGCGCUGCUGGAGAUACGACCCUCGUCAUAACAGCUGGUGCUCCAUUCAGUCCCUGCAGCAGCAGCAUGCUGACCACUGUGUUUGUGUGAUGGGCGGCUAUAUUUAUGCCAUUGGAGGGCGGGACUACAGCAAUGAACUGGAGUCAGUGGAGCGCUAUGACCCACACACCAACAUGUGGGAGUUUGUAUCACCCCUGAAGAGAGAGGUUUACGCCCACGCUGGAGCCGUGUUGGAUGAUAAAAUGUAUAUAACAUGCGGGCGCAGAGGAAAUGCAUACCUCAGAGAGACCUACUGUUUUGAUCCUGUGGCCAAUCAUUGGACAGCUUGUGCUGAGGGGCCGGUGGAGCGAGCGUGGCAUGGCAUGGCUGCUGUUAAUGGACGCAUUUAUGUUAUUGGUGGAAGCAAUGAUGAGCGUGGAUAUCGCCGUGACGUCCUGAAGGUGGCAUGCUUUGACCCCAAAGCCAACUCUUGGUCUUUGCUGACCCCCCUCCAUGCGGGACAUGGAGAAUCCGGCAUUGCUGUGCUGGACAGUCGCAUCUACGUCCUGGGAGGACGCUCGCAUGACAAGGGCAACAGGAUGAAAUACGUUCACGUGUACAACACCGAUGCGGACGAGUGGGAGAAUGAGACGGAGUUUAAGGAGCGUGUCUCCGGCCUGGCAGCCUGCGUGGCGCUCAUGUCCCCUGCUGUGAUCGCCCAGGCCAGAAGCUGGGAGCAGCGCACAAAGGCUUCAUGGGAGGAUGUGGACAUGGACAACUCGGAGGACUCCGGUGAGGAUUGAAGCAGCCGUGUCGAACUUAAAGUCUGAACUGAAAGUCUGUCUGAUCACUGGAGACUGUCAUGCACGUUUCUUACACAGCAUGUUGAAGUACCUGGAGGAUAUUUCUGGGCAGCCUUGUGUCCUCCUUGCACGUUGAUUACUUUGAGUGCCUCUGAACCAAGUGUCAUUGAGGACACAUUUGAAUUACUUUUGAAAUAUCUUCUUAGAUAAUCAUAACCCUGCACAUGAAUCCCUGCUGUAAUGCUACUGCUGAUCCCUUAUUCUUACAUGUGAAUUGAAUUUGUUAUCAGAGAGAGAACCUGGACAUCUUUAGGUGACACAAAGCAGCAAAGACUACUGGCUAUGCAAAGCACUCGGUGACUUAGGUUCGACAGGAUCUGCUGAAAUCUGGUUAGUCUUCAGAGAUAUAUAUAUAUAUAUAUAUAUAUAUAUAUAU